CACUAUUUAAAGAAGCACUGAUUUUAGAAAUGACACAGUCUUCCUAAUAAGUUUUCAAUCAUGCGUAUCAUUAAAAUCAGCGGCCUUUCGGCCCUUCUUCUUUUCGUAGCCUGCGCUCCUGGUUAUACCUCCGGGCAAUAUGACUACCAUCAAUCAGGAUUUGGAGAAGAAAUCUCUUCCCAUUCCCACAAUGGUAACGGAGGCGACAGCGCUUCCUAUUCCCAGAGUGAUGUACUUAAUGGAUACGUUAAUCUUCAGGCUGAAGCUGUCGGACAAAACGCUGAUGCUUAUGCUAAGGGCUACCCGAAUAAUGGUUACAACGUACAGCCAGCCUCGCGGUUCCUCUCACCAGAAAAGCUAUCAGUUCUACGAAUGUCAUAAACCGAGAUAUCUUAAAUCGGGAAAUGAGUGUACUUUGUGUGCCAGGCGCGUAAAAAUUUAGUUUUGAAGGCAAAGCUGCCAGAUCGUGGAUGAAAUUUAUCCCCACCAUACCUACUGUUUGGGAGCCCCAAAACCGAAAGUGUAUAAUUGCCACUGUAAGUUCGUGUGUAAGUCGAAAAUGCACGAUUCGAACAUUGGUUUUCUCCGGUCUUCUGCUGCACGAUAAUUGCCGAUCUGAAAG